CGUCGAGUCGGGCUCGGCCUGUCCGGGAGGCAGGCGGGCGUGAGCGAGCGGCGGCUUCGGCCUUGGCGGGUCCCGAUGGCCUCGGCUAGCAUCGAUAUCGAGGACGCGACUCAGCACCUGCGCGAUAUCCUCAAGCUGGACCGGCCCGGCGGGUCGGUGAAUGAAAACCAGAGAACAUCCAGUUCAUAUAAUGGUGACCUGAAUGGUCUUCUGGUGCCAGAUCCCACCGCAGCUGGAGACGGCUCGUCCUCCACUAAGCCUGUUCCACAAACUGUUCCUCUCGGAGCGCUACAAGACAAACAAGUUAUCUGCCUCUCUGGAGAUGAUAAUUCCACCUGUAUGGUGAUCCUUGCUAAAGAUGUUGAAAUAGUGGCCAGCAGUGAUUCCAGCAUCACCAGUAAAGCCAGGGGAAGCAAUAAGGUAAAAAUCCAGCCAGUGGCCAGAUACGACUGGGAGCAGAAAUAUUACUAUGGCAACCUCAUUGCUGUCUCAAAUGCCUAUCUGGCUUAUGCUAUUCGAGGUGCCAGCAGUGGCUCGGCCAUGGUGCGAGUCCUGAGUGUCAGCACGGCUGAGCGGACGCUUCUGAAAGGCUUCACUGGGGGCGUGGCAGAUCUGGCUUUUGCUCACCUCAACUCCAACCAGUUGGCCUGCCUGGAUGAAGCUGGCAACCUGUUUGUCUGGUGUCUGUCAAUGGAGAACGGAAAAAUCCAAGAAGAGAUCUUGGUGAAUAUCAAACGAUCUGAUGGGACUCCCCUGAACAACUUUCGGAGGAUAAUAUGGUGUCCCUUCAUCCCUGAUGAGAAUGAGGAGAGCUGCGAAGAAGGCAGCCAGACUCUGGCGUUGCUGCAUGAAGACAGAGCUGAAGUCUGUGACCUUGACAUAAUCCGAGCCAACCAUAGUUCAUGGCCAGUGGAAGUAACCAACAUCAAAGAAGGCUACAUUGUGGUGAAGGGUCAUAGCACGCGCCUGAGUGAGGGAGCACUUUCUCCUGAUGGGACUGUUUUGGCUACAGCAAGCCAUGAUGGCUACGUCAAAUUCUGGCAGAUUUACAUAGAGGGACAAGAUGAACCAAGUCGGUGCCUCCAUGAAUGGAAACCUCACGAGGGCAGGCCUCUUUCCUGUUUGCUCUUCUGUGACAACCAUAAGAAACAAGACCCAGAGGUUCCUUUUUGGAGGUUUCUCAUCACUGGAGCAGAUCAGAAUCAAGAGCUGAAAAUGUGGUGCACCGUCUCAUGGACCUGCCUCCAGACUAUUCAGUUUUCUCCAGAUAUAUUUAGCUCUGUGAGCGUCCCUCCCAGUCUGAAGGUCUGCCUGGAUCUGUCAGCCGAGUACCUAAUUUUGAGUGAUGUGCAAAGAAAGGUCUUAUACGUGAUGGAGCUUGUCCAGAACCAAGAAGAGGGCAAAGCUUAUUUCAGCUCCAUCUCAGAGUUCCUGUUGACUCACCCAGUCCUGAGCUUCGGCAUCCAAAUGGUCAGCCGCUGCCGACUGAGGCACACCGAAGUCCUCUCAGCAGAAGAGGAGAGUGAUGGCAUCAGUGCUGAAGGCGCUCAAGGUUCAGGUACUACAGGAUCGGCCGCAGGGGUGCUGAUCAAACUCUUCUGUGUCCACACCAAGGCCCUUCAGGAUGUACAGAUAAGGUUCCAGCCCCUCCAUAGUCCAGAUAUGGUCACUCCAGCCCCUCCCCAUGGUUCCCGUGAAGACUUUGCGUUCCCUGAUCACCUGGCCGACAUAGGCAUGGAAGGGCGGGGCUCUGAGAAGGGAUCCAUCCACGGCUCCCAGCCGGACUUGCGACGCAUUUCGGAACUGUCUGUGCCCGUCGACUUCCUCCCUCCAUCGAAUGACACCAAACCCAAACUUAUGACUCCAGACGCGUUCAUGACUCCCAGCACUUCUCUGCAGCAGAUCACGGGGUCUCCCGGAAGUAGCAUUAGUUCCCUCACUGCUGUGACGACCAUAAGUAGUACUUCGGUUGGCGACCCCCCCCUUCCCAGGCCAUCGGAGGACAUGUCCCUAAGCCCAAAGAUGCAGCUUGAUGCCAACCUCACCCUGAGUGGCAGCGGUGGGAGUCUCCAGGCGAGCCCACGGAAUCAUUCGGUCCUGCUCCCUGGCCUUCCCGACAAACUGACCCCAAAGGUCCCCAUUCCGGUUUCCCCGGGGAACCCUCCUCCUUUGGCCCUGGAGCAAGAGGAAGUGGAGCCUCUGGUGGUACCCCAGUCCUCGCCCACUCGUGAGCGCUCCCCAGAUGUCAUCUCUUCCGCCUCGACUGCCAUGUCCCAGGACAUCCCUGAAAUCGCCUCAGAGACCCUGCAGCGCAGCUUCAGCGCAGCCCCGUCUGGCCUCCCGGUAGAAAUUCUGGACUCCAACCAUCACACGGACAGCAUGGCUUCGGCGGCCUCCGCUCUCCACUUGCUUUCCCCACGCAACCGCCACAGCUCGGAGCCCAGCCAUCACUCCUUGGACAUGGCCCCCAACGAGGUGGACAUGCUGACCACCCCCUCACUGCUGGAGGCGGCCUUACCUCAGGAAAACGUGGCAUUGGAUAGUGGAGUGAGUCAGCCGUGGCCGGCUGCUCCUGACAUCACCAGGGAGACCAGGAACAGCAUGGCGGGCAGCCCCAGGAAUGAAGUGGAAGAGAAGCAUAAGAGCUCCUGUCACAGGCACACCUACCGCUUGCUGCAACAUGACAGCCAAGAUGCCAGCGCCGAGCAGAGCGACCACGAUGAUGAAGUUGCGAGCUUGGCUACCACUUCAGGCGGGUUCACAACCAAAGUGACUGCCCAGCGGCUGCCAGUCAAAGACUGGAAGGCCAAAGUUUCUCCUCGGGCCUCUCCAAAGCUGAAGCGGAAGGGGAAGAAAGACGACAGGGAUGCGCCACAGUCCCCAAGGUCCUUCGAUCAGCAGAGCGCUCCUGAAUACCAGGAGGAGCUGAUGUCUCUGCUCAGGACGCAGCAAAGGGAGAUCGCCGAACUGAGACAAAAUCAGACGGAGCUGAUGCAAAGGCUCGCCGAUCACCUGGAUGCCGUCCAGAGCUCGCUCAUGGGUCACAUCGAGCGGGUGAUCGACUCCCAGCAGGAGCAGGAGCAGCGGAGGCUGGAACAGGCUCUGGCGGAAGGGCAGCAGCGCAGUGGGCAGCUGCAGGAGCACCUCUCCCAGCAGCUCUCCCAGUCCCUCUCUACGGCUGCCUGCAAUCGGCUGGAGAGGACCAUCCGCGAGGAGAUGAAAAAGGCCGUCCCCCUGUGUGUAUCUAAGAGCUUGGAUCCCAUCACUGGACAGCUGAGCAGCACUAUUGCAAAUAAGCUAACAGCCAUCGAAGGAACUCUGAAGGAGAACAUUGCCAAACUGGUGAAAUCGAAGGAACCUUACGACCUCUUUUCUUCUUUUCCCCCUUUUUUGUCCAGCAUGCAAGAGUCCAUCUUGGCUCAGGUGCAGCGAGUCAUCAAGGGGGAGGUGAGCACGGCCAUGAAGGAGCAGCAGGCUGCGGUCACCUCCAGCAUCAUGCAGGCCAUGCGCUCCGCUGCAGGCACGCCCAUCCCUGCCACUCACCUAGACUUCCAGUCCCAGCAGGCUCACAUGCUGCAACUUUUGCAGCAGGGACACCUGAACCAAGCCUUCCAACAGGCUCUCACUGCAGCCGAUUUGAAUCUGGUCCUCUAUGUCUGUGAGACCGUUGAUCCUCAGCAAGUGUUUGGACAGGACCCUUGUCCUCUGUCCCAGCCUGUCCUCCUGUCUCUCAUUCAGCAGCUGUCUUCAGAUUUAGGCUCCCAGACAGAGCUCAAACUCAACUACCUGGAGGAGGCAGUGAUGCACCUCGACCACAGCGAUCCCAUCACCCGCGACCACAUGGGCUCGGUGAUGAACCAGGUGCGCCAGAAACUCUUCCAGUUCCUGCAGGUGGAGCCUCACAACAACGUGAGCAAGCCCGCACGUCGCCUGAUGAUCAUGCUGCAAGGCCUGGUCACCCACAACAUGUCCUAACAGGGCUCCGGCCACCCUGGCUCAACGGCGCCUCUCCGGGCUAACCCAAGGGCGGCGGCUUUUUACUUUUCUCCAUUCGGCCUUCCUCUUCCUCCUCCUCCUCCAAGAGCUCUUUGCCGACCCAACGUGGCCACGCCAAGAGGGGGCGGGAUGAACCCUAGCCCAGCCAGUUAGUUCCCCCUGCACUUCCAAAAACAACAGUACCCUUCCUUUCCGUGCAAGUCAACUUUUUGGCACUUGUGCAAGCAGAAACACGCAAAUCUCAGCUUUCCUCCGGCUUCGGAACUCAAGAGCCCCACUUCCCAAGCCUUUGAGAGUGGGCCGUGGGGAGGGGUCCCCUGCCCGGCAGGGAAGGAAGAGCAGGCCGUAGAAUCACGGUAGCCAUAGGGAGAGAUGCCAACCCUCCCCCUUGUACUGUGGGUGGCAGGAGCGGGGGGGGGGGGCGCGUGGGAAGAUUGCAAAGGCCCCCUUCGCCAUCCGGGGCGCGGGGUGGGAGGGGCACCCCGUGUGGUGGAGCAUGUUUACGGAUCAGACAGUUCCUUUUUAGUCGGAGGGGAGAUUGUGUUCACACCACAUCGUUGUUUUUUUUUCUCUUUUGUUUUUAUCUAGACUCUUUAACUCUUUCGUUUUUGAAUAACGUUUAAAGACAAGUUCAAUAAAUGACUUUUUUUGGAGGAAAAUAAAUAAAUAAAAGCUCUUUC